GCCGACGUCCUUCUGGUUGGAGAGGGAUCGCUAGUGGACACUGCCGUCGCGAGGCUGUUUAAACUCGCAAAUCCAAAUAGCCUCGAUGCGACGACGGUUGAGGAAAGCGACGAUGACCCAAUUGUACCGGCCGGAGACGCGGACGGCAAAUUUGUCAUUCACUCAACCCACCGCCCCUUCGUCGAGCGCAGAGUUCAGGAUUCUUGUUGGACGUGCCCCCCUCCGCCUCAUCCUCGCCCUCGCCCAUGCGUCGACGAGCCGAAGUGAUCGCAGCGUCUCCCGUAACUACCCAGCUGGCACGAGUGGGGUCAGCGCUCGCCGUGGUUGCAGGCAAGGGAAAUUGGAAUACCGCCCCGAUGAAAGUCAUUUUGAACGGCCAGCACGAGCGUACCGCGGUCCUACCUCCGUCAGUUCAAGGGAGGAAAGCCAUGCGGACGGCAGUGGAACGGCUCGUAGAUCUUGACGUCGAAGAAGAGCGGAUAGUGGACGUAUACGUCAGGAUGCCCCCGGGGAAAGAAGGGUUUAACACGGCGCCCACCAUCUUCACUCUCUAUACCCGGGAGCAGAUAAAAGAUGGCUCCAUUCUCUUCUCCUUCACCACCUCGAAUCUCCAUGCCCAUGAAGAAUUCGUGGAACAGAACUUGCCGGAAUUUCUGGCGGCGGUCGCGGGUACCGGUACUCACACAGCGAGCGAGCAUGGCUAACUCCACUUCGCGCCCCUCUCUAGCCUUCUCGCUCCUCACGAAUACGUUGAGAUUGAAACGCUGCGCCUGAAAUACGAUAAACGCAACGCCCAUCAGAUCAUUUAGAUGGAGGAGCUGG